CCGUACGGGAAGCUCAGCCGGUUCGUUUCCUCUUGUUUACGGCGCCCUCCGUCAACAUUAGACGGUGGGGGGCAAAUCGAAGAGGAGGGGAGACAGGAGACGGCCAACGUGUGUGAGCACUUUCCUAAAUGCAUCUGACUGCAAUUAGGGACGGACGUGGAUGAAUCUGACCGCGACCACGUCCAGAGCUUAGGAGAAGAAGUCCUACUGUAGUGUGAGUAGACCCUGAGAUUGCCGCGAUGGCUCAGGAAACUGGUGCCGACGAGCAAGAAGCUAUGGCGGCGAUGUUUACCGGCGUCGUCACUGACAGCGAAGAGAAAGAAGCGAUGGCGUUGUCCACCUGCGCCGUGAUUGACAAAGAAGACCUGCGGACCGGCGACUCAAACGACCAAUCAAGGAGCGAAGCUUCGACGAAAGAUCAGCGAACAGCUGAAGAGAGUGGUACUCACAUUACAGAUCUCCCGGAGGCGGUGCUGUGUGAGGUGCUCAGCUGGUUGGGCACGGCGGCGGAUAUCUGCCGCACGGCCACUGUGUGCUCAUCGUUUGCCUCAGCCGUUCGAUCUAACCUCACUUGGGAGCGGCUGAUGCCACGUGGAUGCCGCCGCCUUUGCCAAUUGAAUCCCUCCUCCUCCUCCUCCUCCUCCUCCUCCCCCUCCUCUCCCUCCAGCUCCCCCGCCGACCCCUCCCGCCCUUCACAUGAUGCCAUAAACCGUCCCGAGGAAAAUUUGCAGAAUUGUUAUAGACGUCUAGUUCGGGGAUUUGUCGAUCGUAGGUGUGAUCAUAUCCACUAUAGAUUGGUCGAGUCGACAGCUGCGCUGCGGAUGAGCGUGUCAGUGCUGGGAAUGGAAGUUGUAUGGGGAAGCAACCCUGAUUACUGGUCUAGGAUUCCCAUCAAGGGGAGUGUAUUUACGGAGGGUAUGCAGCUGCUGAACGUGUGUUGGUUCGAGAUCUCGGGCUCGAUCACGUGCACUUUGCCACGUGGAAGGUACACGUGUGCCUGGAGAUUGUCUCGAGAGGAGGGUGGUGGGUUUGAGUUCAAUAGACGAGCAGAGUGCAGCGUGUCCGUCGAGGGAGGAGGCAAGGUUGAGCGCCAGGUGAAGACCCGAAGACGGGAUAUUGCGCUUUAUCCAGAGUGGUCGGAGUUGACGGUCGGGAGUGUUCAGCUACCGGUCGCUGGCGAGAACGACCAAGAUGCGGAAGUGGUGUCCGCGGUCGUCCGGUUUCGAUUGCUAAGUAUGAAUCCGAAUUGGGCGCGAGGGGUGUUCGUCGACAGUUUGGUGAUCCGCUCAGCUGGGAUGCAAGACGGAGUUGGGGAGGGGGAGGAGGAGGAGGAGGAGGAGGAGGAGGAGGAGCAAGGAGAAGAAGAAGAAGAUGAGCAAGAGGAGGAAGAGGAGGAGGAGGAGGAGGAGCAAGGAGAAGAAGAAGAAGAUGAGCAAGAGGAGGAUUACAGCUGGUCAGACAGAACGAGGGCUUAGGAGACGGUGGCUGGGAGGAGGUUGUAUCGUUCCUCGUCUUGACCGCCGACUCCUUUUUCCUUAACACGCUCGGUUGGGAGAGUAAGAGGAGGAUGUGGAGGAGAAGAAGAAGAGCAAGAGGAGGAGGAGGAGGAGAUGAAGAAAAAGAGCAAGAGGAGGAGGAGAUGAAGAAAAAGAGCAAGAGGAGGAGGAGAUGAAGWAAAAGAGCAAGAGGAGGAGGAGAUGAAGAAACAGAGCAAGACGAGGAUAAGAAGAAGAAGAGGAAGAGGAGGAGAUGAAGAAAAAGAGCAAGAGGAGGAGAAGAAGAAGAAGAGCAAGACAAGUAUGAGAGUUCCUCAGAGAAGAGGAAUAAUAAGCAGACUGGUACCAGAGCGAAAGAAGCGAUGGCAGAGAAAACUGGUACGGAUCGAAAGGAGAGAUGGUGAUGUCUACCUGCGCCGUGACUUGCAAGGAAGAUUUGCGGAUCAGCGGUUCAAAUGGCCAAUCAAGCGAUCAAUAAAGCGAUCAAUCAAGCGACCAAUCAAGCGACCAAUCAAGCGACCAAUCGAGGAGCGAAGAAUAAAGUGAUAGGAAGAAAGGGCACGAGCUGCGCUUCUGGCGCUGCUGCUGCUGAUGAGAGUGCUAUCUAUCGCAUUAAGAUUUCCCGGAGUUGUCUAUGUAAGGUGUUCGACUGCUUGGGUACGGCAGGGGGCAUCUGCCGCACGUCCAAAUUGUGCCCAUCGUUUGCCUAGGUCUCUCUUACUUAGGAGCGGCUGUUGCUAGGUGGAUGCCGACGCCUUCGCCAAUCGAAAAUUCCCCCCGCCCGUCCCCCUCCUCCUCCUCCUCCUCCUCCUCCUCCUCCUCCUCCUCUUCCCCCUCCCCCUCCUCGACCCCCCUAAACCAUCCCGCUCUUCACAUGAUGCAAUACACAGUUUCAAGGAACGUUUUCUUGCAGAAUGCUAGAAUGCUAGAGACGUCUCCGUCAGGGAUUUAUGGCAUCGUCACUCUCUUAUCGUCAUGUUUUCCCCCCCUUCUUAACCCCGUCAUGGUUUCCAUUCUUGGGUUGACGGGGACGCUGGACCCCUUUUCUCGCAUAAGCCCGAGGUGCGUAAGGGCCUUGGUAUCGUCUGAAAUUGUAUUUCACAUACAUAUUCAUAGGAAAUAAAAAUUGAUUAAUCAAUCAUGCAUGUGAUUAUAAUAUCAUAUUCACUACUAGAUUAGAUUAGAUGAGUCGACAGCUGCACUGCAGAUUUGAGUGUGUCAGUGCGGCGAACGGAAGUUGCUUGCAUGGGGAGGGACAAACCCUAAACCAAAGGGAGUGUGUUUAACGAGGAGGGUAUGCAGCUGCUGAGCGUGUUUUUUUUUUGUUGUUGGAGUCUCAGGCUCGAUCUCACCUGCACUUGGUCACUGGAAGGCAUACGUAUGUUGCCUGGAGACUGUACCUAGUCAAGGGUCAUGGACGUUAAUUAAAGAUCGGCGUGCGGCGUUCCAUUAAGAGAGGAGGAGGAGCCAGGGUUGAACGCUAGGUGAAGACCCGAAGGCGGGAAAUGGAGAUAGCACAUUAUCGAGAGUGGGGGUCGGAGUUGCCGGUGGGGAGUAUUCAGCUACCGGUCGCUGGCGAGAACGACCAAGAAGCGGAAGUGGUGCGAAGGAGCCAGGGUCGGAGUUGCCGGUGGGGAGUAUUCAGCUACCGGUCGUUGGCGAGAACGACCAAGAAGCGAUAGUGGUGCGAAGUAGCCAGGGUCGGAGUUGCCGGUGGGGAGUAUUCAGCUACCGGUCGCUGGCGAGAACGGCCAAGAAGCUGAAGUGGUGCGAAGGAGCCAGGGUCGGAGUUGCCGGUGGGGAGCAUCCAGCUACCGGUCGUUGGCGAGAACGACGAAGAAGAAGCUGAAGCGGUGUCCUGGUCGCUGGCGAGAAACGACGGAAGAAGAAGCUGAAGUGGUGGUCCACCGUGGUGGAGUUUGAAUUUCUGAGUAUGAAUCCGGAUUGGGCGCAACGUCC